UGUUGUCUCUGCCUGUCUCUUCCUCUGCGUCUGGCCGGUGCCGUCGUCUGCGGCUGCGUCGCUUGCUCCCUCUCCCUUUCCCUCUAUCACUUCCUCUAUCACUUCCUCGAUCACUUCCUCUAUCACUUCCCCUCCUGCACGCACGUCCAAGUUUGUCGCAAGCACCGCCGCUGCCCAACGACAUCCUCCCCCUCUUGAAUCCUCCGCGAACUGCUGACGAUGCCGGUCAUCAUGAGCCGCUCAUUCCCGGUGCUGCUCGUCCUGUUUCUCUCCUGUCUGGCCAGCCUGGCGCAGGCCUUUGAUGCUUCCAUCGCCGUGCAGGGCGUCUGGACGGCCGGCAGCACUGGGUUCUUGCAACUAUCCUUCACCGGCACCAGACUCUCCUCGCUCUUCACCGCCGGCGCCUUCAUCGACUACCGGGCGUACAAUCCCAUCAAAGGCACCUGGACCGAGCUUACGACCACCGGGCCGAUCUUGGUCCCAAUCUCCCCACAGACUUUCUCGAUCAGCGUCAAUGUUCCCAGCGAUCCCGCGGUGAAUCUCAUUGCCAUCUGCCUCCUCAACAGCCCUCGCUGCACGACGCAGUCGGUGCAGAUCCAGCCGGCUGUCGCAACCUCGGUCGUUCCUCCUCCUCCGCCCCCUGUCACCUCCUCCAGCACCACCACCACCACUACCACAACGACAACGACAACCACCACCACCACCACCACGACAACCACCACGGCAGCAACAACCACCUCCACUUCCACCCCCGGACCGAGCGCCACCGUCGUUAUCUUGCCGACCCCCACCUCCAGCCCCACCCCGGCUCCAUCCAGCGGUCCCAGUGCUGGCUCGGUCGUCGCUGGUGUCUUUGGCGGCAUCGCUGUGGCCGGUCUCGUUCUGGCCGUGGGAUUCUUCUUCUAUCAGCGCCGACGCGGCGACCACACAUACAAACCUUCCCGCCUGGGCCCGCUCAUGUCCUUCAAGCCAAACUGGAGACCCUUGGACGAUCACCAGAGCAAGUACCCCAUGUCCAACACCAACUACACCUCCUCUCGAGAGGCCUUUGGCGGCUCGUACAUUCCCCCGCCCAACACCUACGCCAUGGCUCCGGUGGACUACUCGGCUCGUCCGUCGUCCAUCCCGCCGCCGCCGCCUCCCAAGACCAGCCCUCCCCAGCCGUACCUCGGAAACGAGUUCACCAGCGGCUUCGACCCCCAAGCAAGAAACAGCGCUCUGCCCCCGCCUGCUGCGGUCCCGACCUACCCUCCGAUCGAUCUUGCCCCGGCUUCGAAUCCGUUUGCUGAUUCCGCUGGUGUUGCCGUCGCCGCGACCGCUGCUGUGGCAGGUGGUGCUGCUCUGACUGCAGCUGGUGCUCCUGGCAGCAGCGACUUCCCGAUCGUCAUCGAGCGCUUCAGCUCCCUCAACCGGCCCAAGGACAUGCCUCCGGGCGAGAAGCGGUUCGUCAAGGUCGGUCGCAAGGCCGAGAAGCCCGACGAACUGGAGCUCCACGCGGGCGAGGAGAUCACCCUGAUCCGCAAGUUCCCCGACGGCUGGGGCGAGGCCAUCAACCGCUUUGGCCAGUCCGGAGCCGUGCCCGUCAACUUUUUGCAGGACGAGGUGGCUCCCGACGACACCCGCCCCGCAAUUGCCUCGCGGACGGCCAGCCAGAGCGAUGAGGUCACCUUGUUUGUCGGCGAGUCGAUCGUCGUCAUUCAGGAGUUUGAAGAUGGAUGGGGACUGGUGCGGACGCCGCGUGGCGAGCAGGGCAUGGCUCCCCUCAACUACCUGGCCCCCAAGGGCACGCCACUCUCCCAGCCGGCCUCGUAGAAGUGACAGUCCGUCAUGUAUGCCGGCACUGGAUGCUGGCUUUUGUGUUGGACUGUGUCGCUGAUAUGGAGCGCCUUUCCCACACACACAUUACCUCGGUCCUUCCUAUCGCUUUCCGUCUUCCUCCGCCUCGUCUUGUCUCGUCUCGUCUCCUUUGGUUUCGUCUCGUCUCGUCUCGUCUCGUCUCGUCUCGUCUCGUC